UUAUAUUCAGUCUAACUCUCCCCCUCUCCAGUUUAUACCCAUUGCACCUCGUCCUGUCACUCCAAGCCUUUGUAAACAGCCCCUCCCCACCUUUCUUUUAGCCCCUUCAGGUACUGGAAGGUCGCUCUAAGGUCUCCUUGCAGCCUUCUCUUCUCCAGCCUCAACAACCCCAACUCUCACAGCCUGUCCUCAAAGCAGAGGGGUUCCAGCCCUCGCAUCAUCUCCAUAGCCUCCUCUGGAGCUGUUCCAGCAGUUCCAGGCCCUCCUUAUGGUUAGGAUUCCAGAGCUGGUCACAGAGUCCAGGUGGGGUCUCCCCAGAGCGGAGCAGAGGGGCAGAAUCCCCUCCCUCCCUGCUGGUCCCACAACUUUGGAUGCCAUUCAGGACACGGGGGGUUUCAGGGCUGCGAGUGCGCAUUGCCAGCUCAUGUCAAGCUUCGCAUUGACCAAGACCCCAAGUCUUUCUCCUCAGGGCUGCUCUCAAUUGCAUCGUCCCCCAUCCUGGAUUGAAACCCAGCGUUGCCCCAGCCCAGGUGUAGGACUUUGCCCUUGGCCUUGUUGAACCUCAUGAGGGUCACACAGCCCCACUUCUCCAGCCUGUCCCGCUCCCUCUGGAUCCACACCAUCCUUUUGGUGUGGUGACUUCCCCUCUCAGCUUGGUGUCAUCUGCAAACUUGCUGAGGGUGCACUAAAUCUCACUGUCGAUAUAAUUAAUGAAGAUAUUAAACAUCACUGGUCCCAGUAUGGACUCCUGAAGGACAUAACAUGUCACGGAAGGUGAAGACUCCCUUGGCCCCACAGGCUUUUCCUGCCAUUUCCCUCAGCCCGUAACAAGCUCUUCCCGCCCUUUUCAGGCCGCGACCGUUGCCCGCGCAGACUCCGCCCCCUCCGCGCUCACUGACUGAAGGGCGUGGUCUCAACCCAGGCCCCGCCCCCGAGGGUGAUUGACGGGGCGCGGGUGCCAUGGCAACGCGACGCGGAGGGGAAGCGCGGAGGCACGGAGGGCGGCUGCGAUCCGGGCCUGUGUCCACCUGCAGGGCCUGAUGCGGAGUUCCCGUGCUCACUAAACAGACACAACCAUGGCAGGCAAAAGUAAAAAACCCAAGCAUGGCAAAGGCAACAAACCCAAGCAUGGCAAAGGCAAACGCUCCAAGAAGAAAGCAAAGGGGGCAGCAGAGGAAGUGAACAUCCUCAGCCCAGCUGCCAUGCUUAACGCCUACUACAUCUGCCACAAUGCUUCCGCCUGCCUGUUUUUCCGUGGCUUUGCCUGGCCUGGCUCCCCCAAAAAGAAGGGGAAGAAGAGAAAGUAACCGAGUGAAUGGAAAUCAAAGGACGCAGCGAACACCGAGCUCCCCAGUGCAGAAGAGAGGUUUUUGCAGAGCAGAUUUGUGCUGACCUCUCCAGCUCAAACAUUUUGUCACGGCCACUGCUGUGUCUGAACAAAGAUGCUCUUACAGCUCCACCGUAGAGACAAAUGGUUGGUGACACCAUGCCUUUGGGAAUUCACCCAUGGCCCCUCACCCACUGCGUCUGUGCCUCAGCGGUCCGGAGGAUUUGUGGUGACCUUCGCUUUACCCGUGUCACUGCUAUCCUUUGAUAGCUGGAAUGUGCUCUCCAGUACUGUUGAGCACCUCCAUCUGGUGUCAUCAGUGCAGGUGGAAACAAGCUCAGAGAUGGGUACCAUGGGUGGACAGUGCUGAGUCUGAUCUCGAUAACAUCAGCUCAUCUAUGUGAAAGUCACCCAGCGCUCGCUCUCUGGGUCAGCAGAGCCAUGCAUCUGCCAUUCACCUCCUUCCAAAGAAAUGGCUCCAUGUGCUCAGAUGAGCAGUACUUGAAGCUCCAGUGAACUGCCACCAGCUCUGCUUUGGCUGUAGGGAAGACCUGGAGAUGCAGCUUAGGUGUUGUCAGUGAUGCCGUGCCUUCAGGACAUGAAGGACAUAGAUCUGUUGGAGUGAGUCAAGAGGAAACCAUGGAGAUGAUGCGAGGGCUGAAGCCCCUCUGCUGUGAGGACAGGCUGAGAGAGUUGGAGUUGUUGAGGCUGGAGAAGAGAAGGCUAAGGGGAGACCUUGGAGCAGCUUCCAGUAUGGAAAGGGGCUCCAGGAAAGCUGGGGAAGGGCUCUUGAUCAGGAACUGCAGGGACAGGAUGAGGGGAAUGGUUUUGGGCUGAAAGAGGGGAGAUUGAGAUGAGAUCUUAGGGGAAAUGAUUUCAGUGAAGGUGGAGAGGCCCUGGCGCAGGUUGCCUAGAGAAGUGGUGGCUGCCCCAUUCCUGGAGGUGUUCAAGACCAGGUUAGAUGGGGCCUGAUUCAGUGGGAGGUGUCCCUGCCCAUGGCAAGGGUGGGACUGGAUGGGCUUUGAGGUCCCUUCCCACCCAAACCAUUCUGUGAUCCCUUCUAUGACACCAGAGCAGCUGUGAGCAUGCAAGGCCGCUCUCCCCACGAAGUGGCACCGAUGUGCGCAGGAAAUGCGUUGGAGUUUCAGUUGGUUUCUCGGGGAUGAACAUGUGCAGUGUCAAUCUGGUGGAGCAGAAGCCUGGCUCUCAGGGCCACUUCUGACUGCUCAACUGCAGGAGGAGCUGCAGCUCUGUUCCAAUAACAGAACAGUCAAUUAUGCGAUCAUCUCAAACCAAUCAAGUCCUGUCAAGCCUUGUGCUGUUUCUGCAGCUUAAAAUGGUCCAUCUGAGAAGAAAUGUUGACCAGGUAAGAUGAUAGUUUUGUGGUGUUGCUCAUAGGGCAGCUGCUGUAACAUGGGCUGCUGUGCUGCAUCUGUUUCAUAGAAUCAUUAUGGAAUAGUUUGGGCUGGAAGGGACCUCAGAUCAUCUCCAUGGCCUCCUCUGGACUCGCUCCAACAGAUCCAUGUCUUUGCUGUGCUGAGGACUCCAGAACUGGACACACGGCCCCAAGUGGGGUCUCCCCAGAGUGGAGCAGAGUGGCAGAAUCUCCUCCCUGGCCACGCUGGUCCCACAGCUUUGGAUGCAGCCCAGGAGGAAGCACUGGGUUCUUCAUCUUGGCAAGAGACUGUACUGCUCUCCAUCUUCUCCUGCAAACGGAAACUGGGACCCAAAUUGAUAGUGGGGGCUGCCCCAUGAUGCCAACUGGCUCCAGCCUCAGUGCUCAGAAACAUCCGUACCUUAAAGCUCUGUGUAGCAAAGGUAUCACACAAAAAUGAUUUUUAAACAAUUGGGUUAAGAUGCUAAAUACAGAGAUCACAAGAGGUCUCUUGUGAACACUGAUACUUGGAGGAAAAAGCUGCAGGUCUGUGCUGUGACCAGAGACUUCCUGGUGGGUGAUGGGAAAGUGAGAACAUGAGUAAGUGCUGAGGAAGACACAGCAAUGCAAACAUAGCACAAACUGGUCCUGCAAACCACAUCUCUGAUUCGGCAGAACGCACGAAUUGCAGGCAAACUGGCGAGGGAACAGGGUACCCACCAUGUUCUGCUUGAUGUGUAGGUGCCAUCCAGAGGGACCUGGACAGGCUGGAGACGUGAUCCUGUGCAGACCUCAUGAAGUGCAUAAAGGCCAAGUGUAAGGUUGAGAGUAGAGAGAUUGAGAUGAGACCUCAGGAAGAAAUCUUUUGCUGUGAGGGUGGGGAGGCCCUGGACCAGGUUGCCCAGAGAAGCCGUGGUUGUCCCAUCCCUGGAUGUGUUCAAGGCCAGGUUGGAUGGGGCUUGGAGCCCCUGAUCCAGUGGGAAGUGCCCCUGCCCGUGGCAGGGGGUGGGAUUGGAUGGGCUUUGAGGUCUCUUCCAGCCCAAACCAUUCCAGGAUUCUGUGAAGAAAAACCCAGCUGCAAUAAUUAAUGUAACUAAUUACUUAACCAAUACAACCUGGGCCAGGGCCUCCCCAUCCUCACAGGAGUACAUUUCUCCCUAAGAUCUCAUCUCAAUCUCCCCUCGUUCUGUCCCUGCAACCCUUGAUCAAGAGCCCCUCCCAAGCUUUUCUGGAGCCCCUUUCCAUAUUGGGAGUUGCUCUAAGGUCUCCCUGCAGCCUUCUCUUCUCCAGGCUGAACAACCCCACCUCUCCCAGCCUAUCCUCAGAGGAGAGGUGCUCCAACCCUUGCAUCAUCUCCAUGGCUUCUGGACUUGCUCCAGCAGAUCCAUGUUUCCUGUGCUGUGGACUCCAGAACUGGACCCGGGGCUGCAGGUGGGGUCUCUCCUACUCCCUGUGAUAUGUAAAAUUGUACCCAAAAAAAUCAAAUUCAGUGUGGAUACAGAAAUGCAAGUUCUUCACAAAGUGAUGAGUCCAGGGAAACCAACAUGGCCAUGGUUUGGUAGCCAUGAGGAAUUUGGGCUAAAGGCCAUAAGAAGGGGGAUCUUUCAUGACUCUGGUGUCUCUGAUGACAAGGGUAAAAUUGUGUGGGACAUUCCCUCUGUCUAAUUUUCUGCUAAAAAGAAAACAGCCAGCCUGUGCAUUUGGGCAUCUCUGUUUAGAGAAGGGAAACUCCUCCUGACUGCAGCGCGGCAGAGCCUUGGCGCAGGGGAGGGGAGCAGAGCCAGAUAGCGCCUUGGAGGGGAAGCGCAGUCGUCUUGAGCUUAUCAGUCCCGCGCAGCUAUGAACUCGGCCCCGCUCGCACCCCCUAAGAAUAGCCAGGCGUGGCUGCGUUCAGACAGCCUGCGUGGGGGAAAGUUGCCCUGCCUGCCUCACAGCUUGGUGAAAUGAAAAUAUCCACCGCAUCAGUCUGCAGAGAUGGCUUGGGGAGUUUGUUUCCCUAAGAAAAGCAGAUUGGACCUGAAGAAGCAUCUCGUGAUGAGUGGAUGUACAGUCCGAUAUAAAAGGCAUUGAAGCAGCACCUUGUUUGAAUCAUAGACUCAUAGAACGUCCCGCAGUGGAAUGGACCGACAAGGACCAUUGAGUCCAACUCCUCUCCCUGCACAGCACAAUCCAAGGUUCACACCGUGGGGCUGAGGGCCUUGGCCAAACGCUUCUGGAACACUGUCAGGCUCGGCACUGUGGCUGCUCCCCUGGGAGCUGGUCCAGUGGUCCACCACCCUCAGGGGGAAGAACGUUCUCCUGGUGUCCAACCUAACCCUCCCCUGGCACAUUUUCCUCCUAUUCCCUCAGGUCAGAGAGAAGAGCUCUGCACCUACUCCUCUUCCUCCCCGUGUGAGGAAGUUGCAGAGCGCCAUGAGGUCUCCCCUCAGCCUCCUCCAGGCUGAACAGACACGGUGACUUCAGCCGCUCCUCACACGUUUCCCCUCUAAACUCUUCCUCAACUCUGUGCCCUCCUAUGGAUGCUUUCCAGGAGCAUUGGAUCCUGUUAAUCCUGCGGUGUCCAAACUGCCCCCAAUGCUUGAGGUGGAGCUGGCCCAGUGCAGAGCAGAGCGGGACAAACUCCACCCUUGCCCAGCUAGUGAUGCCGUGCUGGAUGCGAUCCAGGUAGCAGACGUUCUAACUCUGAGGCAGCUCAGACAUUUUGUGGCAAGCAGACCCUGAGGAGAAUCCUGCCAGGAACCUGUCUUCUGCUGCACAACCACAUCCUUUACCUCCAGCGUGUGAGAGAUCCACCUUCCCAUAUAAUCCUGGUAAGGUAACAGAUUCUUGUCUGUUGCAACGCCUGUUGUCAUAAAAUAAGCACAGGCUUGUGCAUUCGUGAAGUCCUAAAGCUACACUCACGUCUCUGAAACUAUUUUUGGAGACAUCUCCCUCCUGCCUACGUUUGCUCAGCAGACAGGAACAACUUGUUGGACUGACCUGGUCUGCAAGAUGUGCUACCAAGGGCACCCGUCUCAUCCCUUCCCAAAGGUGUGACUGCUCUUUGUGGUCCCUAGAAGCCCACAGCCCCUUUUCACACAUGCAGACCCUCUGGUUGAGGUGUACUCAUGCUCCCACAGAAGAGAAGUCAUCACAGGAGAUUGUGGUCUUCACCCAGGGCUCUUACUCAUGCAUGGACCCUUCUGUGGCACCUGAAAACACCCAAAAUGUGUGCCCCUAGGCUGGUGGCACUUUCAGGCCAGACCUGUUUUAGGCUGUUGGCCGAAGCCCAGAAGCUGCUUGUGCUGUUGUAAUAAGACACUCGCCUUACAGAGUAGUGCCAACUGACUGACCCAGGCACUCGUGUUCCCCUUCUGCUUCCCUGUGCCUCUUUUCCUACGCAAUCCUUCUGCAUUACUCAUCUGUUUUCCUGUUCUGUCCCAGAAGUCACCAACCAAGGAUCCGGUGACCAGCUAAACCAGCCUGUACGUCGUCUCCUGCCCCUUCUUGCACGGCCUUGCAGCGCCUGAGCCCACACAUCCAGCUGGUAACUUGAUAACAUUGUCCUCACAUGAUCCCUCUGGCAUUUUCUCUCCCCAGACCCAAGAUGGGGACAGGGAAACUUUUCUGGGCCUGCCCUGUCACCAAAGUUCCCUCUCCCCAUUGUGCAUCACUGUUCCUCCCCCAUCUUCCCCUGGAUACGGCAUCUCCUAACCAGCCCCUGGCGUUUCCGUGCCAGCCAGGCUUCCCACCCUUCGGCUGGCCAAACGCACAUUUGUGCUCACAAUUAAUCUCUUCCCAACCCUUCUCACAUAGGGUUAUGGGUCAGCACAGCCUGGGUCUCCAUGAGAACCUGGGGAGGUACGUGCUGGUGUUUCCAAAGAGAAAGAGUGAGUUUGUUCAUGUUGGGAAAUGUGGUUUCUCUGGUGGACCUUUCUGGUACAUCCUAAAUGAAUGUCCAUGCUCCCCAUCCCCGGAGGUGUCCCAGGCCAGGCUGGAUGGGGCGGGAGGUGUCCCUGCCCAUGGCAGGGGGUGGGACUGGAUGCAAUUGGAGGUCCUUUCCAGCCCAAACCAUUCUGUGAUUCCAUGAUCUGGGCCAAGGGACGAUUUAGGCCAGCGGUGUAGAUGAACAUAGGUUCUGUGGUAGAGCCACGAAGGUGGCUCUGCACGGCGGCAGCUGCUGAGACUGUAACAGCAGCGCGGUUCCCGUGUGAGAAUCGGCAGCUUUGAACCCGCGCCCCCCCCACUGCGCCCCGCAAAGCAGAGGCGUCGCGACCUCACCAAUAUGGCGCCCGGCGGCGCGGUCCUCAUGCUCACCCGCAGGGCUGAGCCGCCGCGACCUCCCAAAGAUGUCGCCCGCGCCCCAGCCACUGCAUCCCCGCAGAACGAAACGGUCGCGACCCUCCCAAGAUGGCGCCCGGUGACGCACACAUUGACCCUUCCAAG